AUUCAUUAUGAUGUUGUCGAGUGCGCAUGCGGCUGUGUCUGCGCCGAAAACAGUGUAUUAUUGCGCAAUUUACUUUCGCUUGUGUGAUGUGAGAGUUUUAUAAUGUAAGUGAGCAAUUAGUGUGUUUUAAGUGUUUUAAGUAAGUAAGGUCUAGAGAAGUGGGAAAUGAUAAUGGUUUUAUUUAUAUCAGCUGUAAUUUAUAAGAAGCAAUGCCAUUUUAUGUAAACAUUUCAUGUUUAAGACUAAUAAAUGUCUUGCAUGCGUUAAGAACUAAUUAUUUAUAAUAUGCAAGAGAUGUUCUGGCGGACAGUAUUACUUGGGGCCUUCGUGACGUCAGUGUCUGGUCAUGGGCGGGUGCUACAGCCUCCCGGUAGAGCCUCCAUGUGGCGUAUGGGGUUCAGCAGCCCACCAGACUAUGAUGACGACGGCCUCAAUUGUGGAGGCUUCGAUAGACAAUACAGGACAAAUCGGGGAAAAUGCGGAGUCUGUGGCGACGCAUACGACAUGCGUCCCCCUCGCACCCACGAAUUAGGGGGCACAUAUGGUAGAGGUACCGUCGUUGGCACAUAUAGAUCUGGCCAAAUCUUGGAAGUCACAGUCGAAAUCACCGCCUUCCACAAGGGCUAUUGGUACUUCAAAAUCUGUCCAGAUCCCAAAAGGGAGACCCAGAGAUGCUUCGACAAGUACCCCUUACAUCUGGAAGAUGGUGGGGUACGCUACUACCCACCCAAGGGGGGAACCCAUAGAACGCGUUAUCGGCUACCUAACGGGCUUUCGUGUGACCACUGCGUUUUACAAUGGCGAUAUGUAGCUGGUAAUAACUGGGGACGAUGUGAUAAUGGAACCGAAGGUGUUGGGUGUGGAAAUCAAGAGACCUUUGGAGCCUGUUCUGAUAUAUCCAUUGCUCCGUUUAGAUAUGCUGAUCCGGAGAGUAUACCGUUGGAUAUUAAAUCUGCAGAAGGCCUCUUCAAGUUGCUUCAAAAAGCAAAUGUGGCGCCAUAUACCACAAAGCCUAAGAAAAAACCCAACAAGAAGAAAAAGCAUAGACAACCUAGAAAAAAGAGUAAGAGGAAAAGGAAAAAGGCGAAGUCUAUGAGUUCUUGGUUCUCGAACUGGAUUUAAGGGUUAACAGAGGAAAAAAGUCUAGAUAUAAUUUAUCAAUAUUGAAAUAAAUACCAAAGUUUAAAAUA